AGUGCUGUGUGUUUAUUAUAUAUCAAAUGUUGUGCCAGCUGACAUUGUGUUGUUGGUGAGAGGUCGUCGAGUCCAACACAAACACACACAUACAUAGAUACCGCGACGUGGACCGCUGCAAGCGCCUCAAAGUUGGCCAAAGUUGGAAAUUGGAGCGCUGCGUGGACCGGCAACGGGACCGGGGACCAUGCCGAUCAUUGCCGAUGCCACCAACGAUGAGCCACCAGCAAAAUGUUGCAAAUAUUGUGAGGAGUCUACGCACAGCGUGGACGGCGGCCCUGCAUCGUGGCGUUUAACGCUCGAUCAGGAUCUAAUUGAUACGCUCAAAGGCAACUUUCCCAGUUGGUUUCAAAGCCCAUCAGGCGCCACAGCAGCAGCAGCAGCAGCGACAGCCGCAGGAACAGCAAACAAGCCACAAACACCACAGAAUCAACAGCAGCAGCAGCAGCAGCAGCAGCAGCAGCAGCAGCAGCAGAAGCUGGUGGCCAACAGCAACAUACCCAUAAGCAUCGAUACCAAAUCAGCCAACGGCAGCAACAAUACACUCCAACAACAGCAGCAGUCGCAGCAGCAGCAAUCGACCAUACUAAGCAGCUGUUCGUCAUCCGCCUCGCCCGCCUCAUCCAUAAGCUCAAACUGUUCCAAGAAAUCCAACAGCAGCUGCAGCAGCAGCAGCAUCAGUAGCGUGAGCAGCUGCAGCAGCAACAGUUCCAACUGCAGCUCCAAGUCGGUUAGCGCAGCGACGGCUCAACGUUUGCUCAACAAGUCGACAUCGACGUCGCCCAAUAAGAGCCUGACACGCACACUAAAGGCCACACAAAAGACGCACAAUAGUAGCCCCAAGGUUGGCCAGCUGGUCAAGUCCGCCUCGCUGCAUAGUCUGAGCAGCGGCAGCGGCAGCAGCGCCAGUGGCAGUGGCAGCAGCGGCUCAUCGCUGCUGGCCACCAUCUCGUCAUCACCGCUGGCCACCGUCGAGCUCAUCUCGAGCGGCACCUGCAACGGCCUGCUGGCCACACGGCUCAGCGGCAAGGCCUUGGAGCAUACCUUUCAGGAUAUAAUAUUCCUGCACGACGCCUACGACGAUAUGUCGGAAGGUGAACAGCGUCUGGAGGCGACGUUUCUGGGCAGCAGCGAUGAUGGCAACAAUUCCGAUUGCUAUGAUCCACGACAAUCACCGCCAAAGGCCAUUGUCGACUCUAGUCCGUUACAGCCGGCCAUGGAUAAGAAUAAAGAAUCGCUCAAAGUGAAGCUGAUGGUGCGACGGCCGCACUCGCAACUUGUCGAACAGGGCAUUAUACCAUCGCUCAAAACCUCGCCCGCCAUCCACGAACAAUGCAAGCAACUGGAGCGCGCCAAGACCAGCGAUUUGCUGAAGGCCAAAAUCCAACAGCGGCCGAAUCGCGAAGAUCUCGAGAGACUGCAUAUACUGGAGGAGGACGAGUGCCACAUCGACCCGAGUCUGGCGGAGAAGCAGCGCAUGCUGAAGAAGGCGCGCCUGGCGGAUCAGCUCAACUCGCAGAUACAGCACCGGCCGGGUCCCCUGGAGCUCAUCAAGAAGAACAUACUGCAUACGGAGAAGCCCAUCGAGAAGAUUGUCAAGGAGGGCUUGGUGCCGUUCAAGGCAACCAGUGAGGGCCUGCUGACGCGUCCACAGCAUCCGCACAGCUAUGUCACCUUCGAGGAGGACUCGCAGAGCUCGGAGAGCGACACGCGGCAGACGCCGCCGCGGCUCGACGAGCUUAUGCCGGCGGCCACGGCGGCGAGCAGCAGCGGUGCAGUGGUGCCCGCCGAGCCGCUCACAUCGGCGCCCAAGGAUAUGCUACAGGCUGCAGCCGCCUCAGCGGGCAUUGUGACUGUGGCGCUGACCACGCCCACUUCGACGACCAGCAACGGCGGCCAGUUGGUGCUCAGCGUAAUGCCCUCCAUCCAGCUGCUGAAUACGACAGAUUGUCACAUGGGUGGUGCUGGUAGUGGUGGUGCAAGCCAUAUGGUUGGUGCACCGCCGCCACCACCACCGCCCAUGCCUGUUGGCGGUGCCAUCAAGGUGAAGCAGGAGACGGCCAAUCUGUUCGAGGAGCUGUGCCAGAGCGUGGUCGGGCCAACAGCCAGUCCGGCCAGCAGUCACAUGCUGCCCAUGCUCGCUUCACCCUGCUCCUUGGGCUCCAGCACGUCCACACUGAGUCCGCUGUCUUCCAUUGCAUCGCCGCCGCCGCCGCCGACGCGACUGCAUCUGCAGCCGGUGUCCAACAAGUCGGAUGCGCCUGGCAAGGACAAGAAUCGCAAGAAGUCCAAGUCGAAGCCGGUGUCCAAGGCGCGCACCAUCAAAUUCCACGAGUAUAAGGGACCACCCAGCGCCGCGGGCCAAGCCCAGGAUCAAGCGCAGUCGGAUCAGACGACCUCCUAUCAGCUGCUCCUGGAGCAGCAGAACUAUUUGCUCAAGUUUCUGGAGAGCCUCAACAAGAACCAAUCCAUACUGCCCGCAGCCAGCGCCACCACAGCCACCGCCAACAGCUCCAUCAGCACCACAGCCAACAGCAUCACAGUGACCACCAAGACAGUGCCUGCGCUGGCCACAUCCAUCACAACAGCUGCCGCGCCGGCGCCCCUCACGUUGCCCAACACCAUUUCCAUCACCAGCACCACGGGCAAUGCGCCGCUGAAAUUCGGGGAUGCCUCAAUGCUAACGGCACCGUCAUCAGCUGCCCCAACGCCCGCACCACCAACUCUGUCGCUGAUAGCCACACAGCAGCCAACGACAGCAGUUGCAGCAGCAGCAGCAGCAACGGUUGCCCCGGCCACUAUGCAGCAGCAACAGCAACAUCCGCCGCCGUUGCCUUCGCCAGCGCUCUCGGUGAGCUCCUCCAUACCGCCCAGUCCGGCCAAUAGCUAUGCAGAGUCCAGCAGUUCCAUCACAGACCUGACGCGCCUGGAGAAAAUGAAGGUAUCCGACCUGAAGCAGCAUCUGAAGCGACGCAAUUUGCCCGUCUCGGGGCCCAAGCCGCAGCUGAUUGAGCGCUUAAAGCCCUACCUGCCCCUGGAGCCCAUCGAGUGUGGCACGCCAGCCAGCGCGCCAGCAGCUGCCACAGAGGUCAUCACCAUUAGUGAUGCGAUGGAUACCAGCAAUUGUGGUGUUGGCGACGUGCAGGCGCCGCCAGUGGCAAUGCUGGUGGCCGAGUCGCCCGCCAGCACCAUGGAGCACGAGCACAUGGAUGUCGUGCAGCAGCUGGACAGCAAUCACGCGAUGACGCUGCAAACGAUUCUGCCGCCCCAGCCCCAAACGGCCACCAUCAUUCAGAACGACGAGCUGCUACGUCGGCAGCAGCGCAAAAUCGACGAGUUGCAGCGGCAGCUGCAGCGCUCCCAGCAGGAGCUGCAGCAAAUACGGCGCAUGCACCAGCAUCAAACGGUCACCGCGCAGGUUGUGAACGCGCUGCCCUCGCAGCAGAUUACGCUGAUAGCCACUACGGGCAAUGGGCCGCAGCAGACGCUGACGGUGUUGCCACAGCUGGAGAAGACGAUACCGGCCAAGGUGACCGUGAAGCCGGCAGCAACGGUAACGCCAACUGGCAAGCUGAACGGCGUGCACGGCAGCAACAGCAGCGGUCAAGGCAAGAAGUCCGCCAACAUCAGCGGCAUUCAGGCCAACAGCAAUGGGCAGCAGCAGCCGGCACCCAUCAGUCAGAAAAUGGUGGUCAAGCAGCAGCUGGAGGCGAAGAUACAAAAGCAAAAGGCGGCCGCUGCUGCAGCAGCACUACAGCAACAACAACAGCAGCAGCAACAACAACAGCAGCAGCAGCAACAGCAGCAGCAGCAACAGAUGCGUUUGCUUACGCAAAAGACACAAACUGUACUCAUUCCAUCCAACAACAAUAACAACACCACAAAUAGCGCAUCCAAGCUGCCAGGCACGCCCACAAAACAGUCGAACGCCGUUGCUGCUGCGCCUGCUGCCGGCAACACAUCAACAAUAAUGCUCGCGAAGCCAGUUACGACAGCAACAGCUGCUGCAGCGCAUCCCAACAACUUGGGUCUCGUUUGGAACGAAGGCAAUCAGACCAUAUUCCUGCUGGGGCUCAACGAUCAGCAGAUGACGGCGCACACGCUGGGCAACAUAAGUCUAACAGCGACAACAACAACAACAGCAGCACCGCAGCAACAACCAGCAGCAGCAGCAGCAUCAUCUGCCACAAAGAAGCUGCUCAAUGGCCAUCAGCGCACAAAUUCAUUGCCCAGCAUUGUGUUUCCCAUUGAUUCGAAGCAAAUCAUUUCGCCGCAGCAGCUGCAACAACUACAACUGCAACAGCACCAGCAGCAGCAGCAGCAACAUUUUCAGCCUGGCCAACAGCAGCUCAUACAGCUGGACAUAAAGCCAACCACAGCGCCGCCACCGCAGUACGAGGAGGCUACAAAGCAGCUGGCGGCCAGCAAAGCAGCCGCGGCCAUGGGCAACAGCAUGCCGCUAAUGAAGAUCAAAGAGGAGCCAGUUGCAUCUCCUGCGCCAGCAGCAGCAACAACAAUUGCAACAGCAGCAGCAACUCCUGCAAUGGGCAAAUGCCAAAUGCAGCGCAAGCCAUCGGGCAUUAAGUCUGAGCAGGUCAGCGAUGUGCUGGACAUACUAAUCAAGCAAGGUGAGCUGCCAGAGAGCGCCGCGCUGGAGCCCAUAACGCCGCUGACGCCAUUGCCCGAGCUGGCCAUGUUCAACGGCGUGACGCAGAGGACUGCGGCUGGCGGCGCCAGCAUUGUGCCGCUGGUGCCCAAAUUGGAGGCGCCACCCACGCCACAAUCGCUGCCCAGCCUGGACAUGGCCAUGGACACCAACGACAAUCACAUCAGCUAUGCGUCCAGCAAUCAGCAGGCGAACAACGCUCAUGGUUACAUUGAGAACAUUGAUAUGGCCUCGCCGCUGCAGCCCGAUGGCUCGGCCAUCGAUGCAGAGAGCGUGGCCAAGACCCUGGACAUAUUCCUGGAGCAGCAUCAUGCCACACCGCCGCCCAGCACGCCGCCCAAGUGCAGCAGCAACAGCGGCAGUGGCUGCGCCAGCGAGAAGCCCAAUAGUCCGGACGCCAAGCUCAAUCACUUUGAUGAGUACGAGUUGCUGGAGCUGAUGUCGCAGCAGCUGGAAAUGGACAUUGGGGACGACUCGAACAACUAUUGUGCCGGCAAGAGCGGCGACGGCAUUGGCGUUGGCGUUGGCGUUGACGUUGGCGGCAACAAUAUGCGACGCGAUCUCAAUCCCAGUCUGCAGCCCAGCAUCAACGAGCUGCUCGAUGCCAGCAGUCCGGACAGCGUGCUCUUGAAUAACAAUCACGGCGGCGAUGUGGACUUCGACGCGGACAGCUUUGUGGCACAGCUCAGUCAGCAUGUGGCCGCCAGUGCCGGCAGCAACAGCAACAGCCACAGCAACAGCCACAGUCACAGCCACACCAACAGCAACAGCAACAACAAUAGCAACACUUCGGUGGCCGUGGAGUGCGGCGGCCCCACAAAUGGCCACUACAACAGCACCCCGAUGGACGUGUGCGACGACUUCGAGAACACACUGAACUCCAUAAUGCAGGCGGUGACCCAGCCCCAGGCAGUUGGACACGUCGACUACGCUGCGGCAGCAACGGGCAUGGCCAACGGCAUGGGCAAUGCCAUGGACAGCGGUGGUGGUACAGUGGAUGCAUUCAAUGCCACCGGCGACAUUUUUGACUUGUUCAAUAUUGACGACUACAAAAUGAGCUGGGCGGCGGGUGAUUUUACCGUAUAAUAAAAGGCACACACACACACACAUACACCCACACAUACAAAACACAUUGAAAUGGGCCAAUAAUUUGGACAAUCCGGUUGCUUUGCCCAUCAAAACGAUCCUUAUGCAAUACACGGUAUGAAUACUCGUGUGGCUCACUGUUCUCAACACAAUUCCUGUAAAUUCGUUUCGAAAAAUACGCAAAAGUGAAAAACAACUCUGAAAAGAAAUCCUAUUUAUUUUCUAAAUGCAUUUAAAACAUUUGAAAUUGCAAAACUUUACUAUUUCCAAUAUAUAAAAGAACAUGAAAAUGAAAACAAAAACGAAAAAGAAAAAAAAAAACACAUACACAACUAAAGCCAAAAUUGCCGGGAGAGUUAGUCCAAAAAACACUCCACUAUAUUUCUGAACCCUUUCCUAUAAGCAGCAGCAACAAACAAAAAAAAAAAAACACUAAACUUUAUAAUAAAGCAGCCAAAAUGUGUUGGAAAACGCAUGAAACAAACUAAAAAUAUUUAUACAUA